CGAGAAUGAAACUCAGUAAGAGUUGUUAGUUCGUCGAAAGUUGAUCUGCGAUGGAAAAGUCCAAAGUUUACGCUUCCCUGGCACUGUUGGUACUCAUCCAAGUGAGUAAUUUUCAUUUGGCCAGGAGUGGUGACAUUUGCCGCUUGUUCUCCAAUGGAACAGUGAUCCGAGAUCCGGAUUCGUGCAGCCAAUGGAUAACUUGCAUCGACUCCGUGAGCCACUAUAGCACCUGCACGGGAUCCACGCCAUUCUUCGAUAAGGAUCAGAGCAAAUGUGUCAAGAGUUUAAAAUCAAGUUCAAGCUGUUCGAUUUCCUGCGAGGGCAAGGCUACCCAAUUCGUUGCCGAUCCAAAGUCCUGCAAGGGCUACUACUAUUGUUCCGAUCAGGAGACGGCCGUAUACGGCACCUGUCCUCAGGACACCCACUUCAAUGCCACCACCCAGAUGUGUUCGCGCCUAUACGAAUCGGAUUGUACAACCAGCAGUUUUGAAUACUGCAACAUUGUUAAGGACAAAGUGAAUUUUGACAAUCUCCAGGCCUGCGAUAAGUAUCAUUAUUGUCAAAAUGGUGUACUGCUGGAUAAGACCUGUUCGAAUUUAUAUUAUCAAGCCAGCACAGGAACUUGCGUGUCCAAGGCUCUGGUCGAUUGCGAUGCCCAUCCCUUGCCCACAGAUGUCUGUGGAAAGGCCAGUAAGCCCAAAGAGAACGUGUUCGUAUCGGAUGGUGCCACAUGUCGUGGUUAUUUCUAUUGUGCCCAACAAAAAGAUGGCACUCCGGACUCGAAUCCCUCCUGGAACCAGUGUCCCCAGGACAAAUUCUUCGAUUCCACCAGUCAGAUGUGCAUAUCCCCCAAUUCGGUCAAAUGCACUGAAGAUCGUUGCGAUGGACGAACUCUGAACUUUGUAGUUAGUAGCACUACGGGUUGCCGGAAUUAUCUGAGCUGCUCCAACGGAGUUACUCAAUACGAGAAGUCCUGCGGCAACUUGUUUUUCGACGAGGAGUUGGGAGGUUGCGUUUCUACUGUAAAAACCUAUACUGUUUGUACAAAGUAAUUAUAUUUAAUAAAGAAC